AUGACAAUUCGUGAAAGUGAACUGAUGAAUACCAUUAACGCCGCCACUGCCAUCAUUGGACAGCGGAGUGAUCUUCGACAAUCCGUGGUCUCAAGUCAUCCGGGAAAUUCGAUCGUUACCUCGGAUGCAAAGUCGUCGAGUGAUCUUGCGUCAACAAGCGAUGGUGUAGGCGUUGGGACCGUUGCAGCUCAUCAAUCAUCGACAUCACGUGCACCUCCAAUUAGCACUAUACCCGAAGGGGAAGGAAAUUCGGGAGAUGAAGAAUUAAGAGAUACACAAAGUCAACCGGCAGUGGUAGCGGCGACAAACGAUGAAGAAGCUGGCGGUGGCAGUAGAUAUAGAGGAUCGGUGUACGAAAGUGGAGUGCCAUAUCGUGCAAGAUUUCCGUUUGUGGCAAGGGAUGAUGAGUUGGGAUUUGAAGUUGGUGAUAUUAUUUACGUGACCGACACUAGCGACGAAGUGUGGUGGAAAGGAGCUAAAGAUGAUGGAACCGGAAAAUUUGUGUUGGGAUUCUUUCCAAAAACAUAUGUUGUACCAGAGAACGAAUCGUGA